GAUCCGUGUGUGGUAUGUGGAGAUGCGGCAUCCGGAAUUCAUUAUGCGGUAGCGGCAUGUAAUGGCUGCAAGACGUUCUUCAGGAGAGUGGUUCUGGAGUGCAUUACAAUCAGAGCGGGAUUACAUACUCUACUAGUUACUCUUUUAAUGCGAUUCUAUUGUCCACUGCAAUUUCAGAAUCGAACAUAUUCCUGCAAAAACAACGGUGAUUGUAUUAUCGACAAGAAUAUGCGAUGUUCGUGCCGGCAUUGUCGAUUCAAAAAGUGUAUAAGGGUUGGGAUGGAUCGAAGUGGU